CCAGAUCAGAAGAUCAGAGCACUCCGUAACCGACCAAAUUUUCGUCCAAAGUAAAAACAUCGGAAACUAGAAAAUUUUAAUCGCAAGUUCCGUAUAACUUCCGCCAAAGCAGCUGUCAAAAGACAUCUUCCGUAUAACUUCCACGCUGUAUCACUCGUUCUCCUUUGCUCUGGUUCAAUGGCGGCUCUCUCAACUCACUUUGCCCCAUUCCAUGCCCUGAAACCACCAUGCGAUGAUCGCAGUUUCCCAACAACGCUAGGCCUCUGCACGGCAAGCCCUAUUAUCCAUGCCCGGAAGCCGAAAAAAUUCGCCGUCGUCUUCGCAAAUGCCGCUGAUGGGAAGCCCAAAGCUCAGAGCGAAACCUCCUUCCCCACGACCAGUCCAUCCACCCCUACCCAGCGGCAGAAGGUGAGACGCCACACAAUCUCUGUAUUUGUUGGGGAUGAAAGCGGAAUGAUAAAUAGGAUUGCGGGGGUGUUUGCCAGGAGAGGGUAUAACAUUGAGACCCUUGCUGUUGGUCUGAACAAGGACAAGGCUCUCUUCACCAUAGUUGUGUCUGGAACUGAAACUGUAUUACAGAACGUUGUGGAACAGCUCCGGAAGCUGGUCAAUGUAUUAAAGGUUGAAGAUAUAUCAAAGGAGCCUCAAGUUGAACGCGAACUGAUGCUGAUUAAAAUUGAUGCUGAUCCAAAAUUCCGUGCUGAGGUUAUGUGGUUGGUAGACAUCUUUAGGGCCAAAGUUGUGGAUAUUUCAGACCACUCACUAACUAUUGAGGUAACUGGAGAUCCAGGAAAGAUGAUUGCAGUUCAGAGGAACUUGAGUAAGUUUGGAAUUAGGGAAAUUGCCAGGACUGGGAAGAUAGCCUUGAGACGGGAGAAGAUGGGAGAAUCUGCUCCUUUUUGGCGGUUUUCAGCAGCUUCAUAUCCUGACCUUGAGGCAGUGAUGCCCAUCGGCAAUAUUUCAAGGAAAACAUUGGGUUCUCUUGACGGACAUGCUGAUUCUACCAUUGGGGGAGAUGUUUAUCCAGUAGAGACAGAUGAUGAACCUUCAGUCAGUCAAGUUCUUGAUGCCCAUUGGGGUGUUCUCACCGACUAUGAUGUUAGUGGGCUCCGUUCACACACACUAUCAUUGCUUGUGAAUGACUCUCCUGGUGUCCUCAACAUAGUAACAGGGGUUUUUGCUAGACGUGGAUAUAAUAUCCAAAGUUUAGCUGUUGGGCAUGCUGAAGUUGAGGGACUCUCCCGCAUUACUACUGUUGUUCCUGGGACUGAUGAAUCUAUCAGCAAGUUAUCUCAGCAACUUCGUAAAUUGGUAGAUUUGCGUGAGGUCAAGGAUCUCACCCAGUUACCAUUUGCGGAACGAGAGCUCAUGUUGAUUAAAAUUGCUGUAAAUGCUGCAGUCCGUCGUACUGUUCUUGAUAUUGCUAGCAUUUUUAGAGCUAAAGCUGUUGAUGUGUCUGACCAUACCAUAACUCUAGAGCUCACAGGAGAUUUGGAUAAGAUUGUUGCUUUGCAAAGGCUGUUGGAACCGUAUGGUAUUUGUGAGGUGGCACGAACUGGACGUGUUGCACUGGCACGUGAAUCGGGGGUGGACUCGAAAUACCUCAGAGGAUACUCUUUCCCCUUAUAGAGAUUAGAGAGGCAGUCCAUUGAACUGAAGGGGGUGGCAAGAAUGAGUUUUGUAGGAGUUUGCCCUUUACUUGUUGCAAAUUACCAUUUCCUUGUUUUAAGGAAGUUUCCUCAUCCUCUUCUAUAACUACUACUACGAAUAUUGUUAUUAUUCAUUUUUUAUUUGGACGAAAUAAAACCAGGGUUUUUUGUGUCUUCUUUGUCUAAUGGACAUAGAAGUUUGUUAUUAACAAUCCAGUACCUCAAAGACAUACUAGCUAUCAAUCAAGGAUUUUGCAGAUGCAGGUUGUCG